AUGGUCAACCUCCCAGAACCCUUUGCAUCGGUGCCUUUUCAUCGUCUUCGGUACCCUGGGCCGUCCCCGAUCCACGAGUUUGCAAACCAUGCACUAGACUCUUCCUCUCCCAUUCAAGUUUGGGCAAAGCGAGAUGAUCAAUCUGCCCCGCUUGUCUGCUGUGGCAAUAAGUACCGCAAGCUAGAGUAUAUCAUCCCUGACAUUCUAGCCACACCAGGGGUAACAACCUUGGUCACAGAGGGUGGGCUUCAGAGCAACCAUGCCGCUCAAACAGCCGUUGUCGCAGCGAAGCUCGGGCUCGAGUGUGUCUUACUGCUUAACGAGAGGUCCGGGGGUCUUUCCACCGCAGAGAGUCCCGAUAUCUUUCGUAGCGCUGGGAACUUCCAAGUCUACAACCUUCUUGGAGCCCAGACCCGGGUGCACUCGGGGCAAUGUAACAAGGACGAUGUUCUGAGUGAACUACGGUCACAGGGCAAAGUGCCUUAUUGGAUUCCGUCAGGCGCGAGUCUACAUCCUCUAGGUGGUCUCGGCUACGCGCAGUGUGCGUUUGAAAUCGCAACGCAGGAGGCUGAAAUGGACCUUGGAGGGACCGGUCGGUUUGACUAUAUCUUCCUUCCCUGUGGAAGUGGAAGCACAAUUGCAGGCCUCAUUGCAGGGUUCCGGCUGCUGGAGAAGGCUUCGAAGAAAGAAAACACCUUGCCAAAAAGACAAAUUAUUGGCAUAAUGGUAUCGCCGAAGACUCAGCAGGAAGAAAGGGUGCUGUCAAUUGCUCGAACGGUCGGAGACAAAAUCGGGCUUGACUCUGAGAGAGACCACUCUUUAAAUGACGUCCGACUUGAUCACCGGUUUUGCGGUCCUGGAUAUGGCAUCUUCGAUAAUAAUUUGCAGAGUACGCUGGGCGAUGUGGCUGUCAAGGAGGGAAUACUCAUGGACCCGGUAUAUUCGGGGAAGGCAGCACGGGGUAUGCUUUCGUUUCUCAGCAGUGGGGAGAUGAUGUCUGACGCCAUGAAGAAUGGAUACACGGGCUUUGAAAAGGUCAAUGUACUUUUCAUUCACACCGGUGGUCAGACUGUCUUUUCUGUCUAUGCGCCUUUGCCGGCGUCCGUUUAG